AUGACUUGUCAAGUGUUAUAUGAAAAAGGUGGAAAAAGAAGUUUUCCCAGGAAAGAAAUGAUGCAGAUCAACUUUAACAAUGAGGGGAGCAAAUAUAAAAAAUUGAGAACUUGUUCCUCAGCUAGAUCAACAGGAAGGAAUAUAAUUGAUCAUCGCAUUGUUGAUUGUCUCCGAGAAAACAACCGAGAAAGGACUUGUAAAGCCUUCCAAGAAGAAUUACAAGAAGUGGAAAAAGAAGUUGGUUAUCUCAGGAAGGAGGUGAUGCAGAUCGAGUUUGUUAAGCAUGGAACCAGAUCUGCAGAAGCAACAACUUCUUCCUCAUUAAGAUGGCAUGCAGCUGACCAAAAUGGUACUGUUUUCGGAAUGGUGGAUGACUUUAACUCCAUAAUAGAUCGCCUAAUUGCGCAGAUAGAUGAGCUGACUGUCGUGUCAAUUGUUGGUAUGGGCGGUAUUGGUAAGACAACCCUUGCUAGAAAAGUCUAUGAUGAUUCAUCGAUUCGACCCCGAUUUGAUACAUGUGCAUGGGUCACUGUCUCUGAAGAAUAUAAUGAGAGACAAGUGCUUCUUGAACUUGUAUCUUCGAUUAGUCGAGAUAGGACGUACAGCAAUCAAGAAAUGAGCAAUGAUCAACUAAUGGAGAUUGUGUAUAGAGGUCUCAAAGGUAGGAGAUUCCUAAUUGUCACAGAUGAUAUUUGGAGUACUGAGGCUUGGGAUCAAAUCCAAAGAAUAUUUCCAAAUGAUAACAACAAAAGUAGAAUCUUAUUAACUACUCGGCUCAAGUAUGUUGCCGAUUAUGUAAGCCUUGAUUUCCCUCCUCAUGAUAUGUCUUUUCUAAGUCUAGAUGAUAGUUGGAAUUUAUUUAGUGAAAGACUAUUUAUAGAAGAAUCCUAUCCUUCUCAUCUAGAAGAAUUAGGGAAGCAUAUCGUACAACAAUGUCGAGGAUUACCUCUCUCUAUUAUUGUCAUUGCUGGACUUCUUGGCAAGAUGGAGCCAACCCAUGAUAAUUGGAAGAAAGUUGAGGAAAAUCUGAACUCAUUCUUUGUUUCAAUUUAUGAGCAGUGCCAAACAAUUUUUUCUAUGAGCUACAAUUGGUUGCCCCAACAUUUGAAGGCUUGCUUUCUCUAUAUAGGAGGCUUUCCUGAAGAUGAGGAGAUUAGUGUUCCGAAGUUGAUUAGGUUAUGGAUUGCUGAGCAGUUCGUAAAGGAAAGAAAGGAUAAA